AUGGUCUUUGUGGCGGAGAUCAAGAGCAUCCGCGCGCUCGCGUCGUGCCUCAAGCGGCACGGCAUGCGGGCGGGCUCGCUGCACGGCUCCCUCGAGCAGGCUCGCGCACUCUGCAGGCGCAGGCUUCCAGGGGCGGCUGCCCGCACCAGCGCAGUGCUGCUCUGCACGGACGUGGCGUCGCGCGGCGUCGACAUCGCGCGUCUCACCGGCGUGGUCAACUUUGACCCGCCCGCCUCCACCGCCCAGUACGUCCACCGCGCGGGCCGCACCGGCCGGCAAGGCGCGCACGGCUGCGUCGUCUCUCUGCUGCGGCCGGGCGCCGAGUGCGGUGCCUUUGCGCUCGGCGCCGCCCGCCUCUUUGAGCAGGCGAAGCGCGCGAUCCCCGAGGAGCUGGAGGCCUACCUCGCGACAGCCGGCUCUGCAGCCGACGCGCGGCUACCUGCACGAGGCCCGGAAUGUCAGGCUGCUCCUGCCGCUGCUGCGCCUAUUGUUCCUUCGGCGGCUGCACCUGCAGCGAAGCCUGCAACGCAGAGCCUUGCCGACUUUGCAGCCGCGUUUGCCAUCGGAGAUCUCUGA